AUGUGGGCAUCAAAGCUACUCAGAGGUCGGAAUGCAAGGUCUCUCACCAAGCAGUCUGUUGCAACGGCUGCUUCUGCACCAACAUCCAAGGCUGAUUUCAGCGCAAACUCCCAGGCCUUUUCAGUUGCGGUCACUGAGCUCUUAGAGUGCCUCGAUUUUGUACUUGACCAGUUAGAUGAUCAAGGAGAACACGGAGAUUUGUUACAAUUUCACCUUUCGCGGCUAGCUAAGGAGAUAUCGAAAUAUGAAAACUCCAAGGUUCGCGAUGAGCUGGCAGAACCAUGGAUAGGUGAUCACGAUCUUGUCCAGUUGUUGCUUACUGCAUGUAGAUGUGCAUGUUCCGUUUACAAACAAGACAUACAACCAGGAGGUGACCUCGUCCCAGUGAUAUCUCGCACACCGUCUAUUACAGGAACAAUUAAAGCCACGUCUAUAUGGAAAGAAGAAGAUACCAACACCCUCUUUGUUUCUAUCCGGGGUACAUCAUGCAAGGCAGAUCACCUCGUGAAUUUCAACCGGAACCAAAAGGAUGCAGCUUCGCUCUUUACGUUCCCAGGCUGUCAAAAAGAAAUCUUCGCCCACAGUGGCUUUUUGGCCUGUGCCACUACGUUACUUCCAUGGCUGACAGAAGAAAUCAUUCGUCAAGUAACAGUCGAUGAUAGCCUGACACACAUAGUCUUUACUGGUCAUUCAGCUGGUGGAGCUGUAGCAGCUUUGGUUUUCCUACACUUCAUCUGCCGUUGUCCAAACUCAUUGUUGAACAUUCAAUUCUCGCUCAUAACAUUCGGAGCUCCACCAGUCACUUCAACAAAUAUCACAGAACUAGCCCAAAGUCUGCCUCAGACAAAGCACAUUUUGGCAGUUGUCAACGAGCAUGAUCUAGUCCCACGAGUCGACCAGUCAUACAUCGCAUCGAUUAUCAGUUUAUACAGAUCCGCGUAUGGGCUACCAUUAGCCGAGCUUAAUACUGCGUUUGCAAACCACUCUAGAGCAACGACUAAUCACGAUACACAUUGGCAACUACCGCCGCCAGAUUUCUGGGUAGUCGGCAAUGUCAUUGUGCUAAGAGCUAAGCUUGCUCUGACUGAGGUUCAACCGAGAGCAAAUCUGGACAGCACUACAGCGGAUAUGCCACCUCAGAAAUUUGAUAUCCUUCGGGUAUCACCGUUACAGUUUUGCAAGCUUUUGUUCUUUGAAAUCAGUGUACAUAAACGUAAGGUGUACCUUAACAGAUUGGAAAAGCUGGCGCAACAAGAUCUAAUGACGUAA